UCAGUGGCUCGCUUUCCGCCCUGCAGAUAAGCCAAGUGCUCGGAUUAGCUCGGAGUAUUAUAUAAUACCUACUAUAACGCUAGCGGUUCUCAUCCCAUAAAGCUUUCACCUGGGAACUGAGCAUAGAGUGGAGACGCUUUAUUAGCCAGGAAAACCCCAUAGUGUCGACGCAUCGAACAGGUUCAACAGCAGUAUCUAAGGCAGUAUCUGAGCUCGGCUUCCAUAUCGGAGCAGUAGCUUUAGCUGGCUGGAGAACUGCCAAAACAGAACUGAUUCAGCGGGCAACGGAAGCGACACGCGAUUAAAAGUCCCACUGCACUCGCGAAAAUAAUUCAAAAUGAACGUCUUUCUUUGGGCAUUCGUGAUUUUACUUGGCUAUAUCCCGCAGAGUACAAUCGCCAAGACAGUAUCCAGUGAUUUUAUGGAUCUUCUCGACUUCAGCGAUAAUGAUGAGUUUCAAUGGGGGGAGUCGGAGAAUCAGGUACACGAAAAUCGCACUGGGGAAAACCGCGUCGUGAGUUUCCUAUCCCAACAUCGCCUAAACAAGCGGCAGGCUCCCACCUCGCAAUUGCUGGAGAACAAGGAUUACGGAGCAUGUAGCACUCCAUUGGGCGAAUCCGGCCGAUGUCGCCACAUUAUCUACUGUCGCAUGCCAGAACUUAAAAAUGAUGUCUGGCGUCUGGUCUCCCAGCUGUGUAUCAUUGAGAAAAGCUCCAUAGGCAUUUGCUGCACUGACCAGUCGACGAGCAACCGAUUUGGUCCGCAACUCGUGACCAGUGCGGACAGUGAUGAGCCGCGUAUCGUUAAUAAGCCGGAGCAGCGAGGCUGUGGGAUCACCUCCAGGCAGUUUCCCCGCCUCACCGGUGGACGGCCCGCGGAGCCAGACGAGUGGCCCUGGAUGGCGGCCCUGUUGCAGGAGGGUCUGCCCUUCGUUUGGUGCGGUGGUGUCCUGAUCACCGACCGCCAUGUCCUAACUGCCGCUCACUGCAUCUACAAGAAGAACAAGGAGGACAUCUUUGUGCGUCUGGGCGAGUACAACACGCAUAUGCUGAAUGAGACGAGGGCGAGGGAUUUCCGGAUUGCCAACAUGGUGCUCCACAUCGACUAUAAUCCACAGAACUACGACAAUGAUAUUGCCCUUGUCAGGAUCGACAGGGCGACUAUAUUCAACACCUACAUCUGGCCAGUUUGCAUGCCGCCCGUGAACGAGGAUUGGUCGGACAGAAACGCCAUUGUCACCGGUUGGGGCACCCAGAAGUUUGGCGGUCCUCAUUCUAACAUCCUCAUGGAGGUUAAUCUGCCGGUUUGGAAGCAAUCCGAUUGCCGCUCGUCAUUUGUGCAGCACGUUCCGGACACUGCCAUGUGCGCUGGAUUUCCGGAAGGAGGUCAGGACUCCUGUCAAGGCGAUAGCGGAGGUCCACUGUUGGUACAACUACCCAACCAACGCUGGGUCACCAUCGGCAUCGUGUCCUGGGGCGUCGGCUGCGGACAGCGGGGUCGUCCGGGUAUCUACACUCGCGUGGAUCGCUACCUGGACUGGAUUUUGGCUAAUGCUGAUGUCUAGGAUAUAAGCAGUACUUUCUUCAGUUCGAUGGUACAUUCAAUUUACUUGGCAUUAGGAUUAACAAAUGCUAUGGUCUAAAUACACUAAUUAACCUGA